AUGUCCCACGGCCCGAAGCAGCCCGGCGCGGCCGUCGCGCCGGCGGGCGGCAAGGCUCCUGCACAGCAUGGGGGCUUCGUGGUGGCUGUCAAGCAAGAGCGCGGCGAGGGCCCGCGAGCCAGUGAGAAGGGGUCCCACGAGGAGGAGCCUGUGAAGAAGCGCGGCUGGCCCAAGGGAAAGAAGCGAAAGAAGAUCCUGCCCAAUGGCCCCAAAGCACCUGUCACCGGCUACGUGCGCUUCCUGAAUGAGCGGCGAGAGCAGAUCCGCACGCGCCACCCGGACCUGCCCUUCCCUGAGAUCACCAAGAUGCUGGGUGCCGAGUGGAGCAAGCUGCAGCCCACAGAGAAGCAGCGGUACCUGGACGAGGCCGAGCGGGAGAAGCAGCAGUACAUGAAGGAGCUGCGAGCUUACCAGCAGUCGGAAGCCUACAAGAUGUGCACCGAGAAGAUCCAGGAAAAGAAGAUCAAGAAAGAGGACUCGGGCUCCGGGCUCAUGAAUACCCUCUUGAAUGGACACAAGGGUGGGGACUGCGAUGGCUUCUCCACCUUUGAUGUCCCCAUUUUCACUGAAGAGUUCUUGGACCAAAACAAAGCUCGGGAGGCGGAGCUGCGGCGCCUGCGGAAGAUGAACGUGGCCUUCGAGGAGCAGAACGCGGUGCUGCAGAGGCACACGCAGAACAUGAGCAGCGCGCGCGAGCGGCUGGAGCAGGAGCUGGCGCUGGAGGAGCGGCGGACGCUGGCGCUGCAGCAGCAGCUCCAGGCGGUGCGCCAGGCGCUCACCGCCAGCUUCGCCUCGCUGCCCGUCCCCGGCACCGGCGAGACGCCCACGCUCAGCACGCUGGACUUCUACAUGACGCAGCUGCACGGCGCCAUCGAGCGCGACCCGGCCCAGCACGAGAAGCUCGUGGUCCGCAUCAAGGAGAUCCUGGCCCAGGUGGCCAGUGAGCACCUAUGA